ACAGAGCAGCUGCAGCAGGAGAAUGCAGUGUCUUUGCACUGCAGUCUGUGUAGGAUUUUGGAGAUUUUAGGCUGCCUUCUUCUAACUUUUUUUAUUUUUCGUUCGUGGUUUACUAGGAGUGUGCAGGGUAACUGCGCGGUUUCUCUUAAUUUACAGAAAAUAGCAAAAAUGGAUUUGCAGCGGCAAAGGACUGCAUCUUUAGCUGCUCCACUGUGCACACUCCUGCUUGUCGCUGCGACUCUGACAGGUAACAUCUACGGACAAGUCUUUGACAGUUUUGGAUUAUCCUACGCACUGACAUCCGGACCGUCAGAAGAUGCGAUAUUGGUUGCCAACAAUGGAAUACGUGUGCCGUUUGGAAGAUCAGUUUUUAUUGAUCCCAUCAAUGAUUUAGUAAUCCAGGUUCAACCGGGAGACAGAUGCAGCAUUACAGUAUUGGAUAAUGAUCCUUUAUCGCAGAGACCGGGACAUCUAACUCCUAAAAAGUUUCCAUGUGACUUUGGCCCCAACGACGUCAAGUACUCACAUUUCGGUUCAAGGAGCCCCUCGAAGGACAGAGUCAAGAUGCAACUCAGGUAUGACACUCAAACUGAUACUAUAAUCAUACCGUUUAUGAUGGAAGUAGAGGUCAUUUUCACCCAGCUGGAGGUAUUAACCAGAAACAUGCCUCUUACAGUAGAAAAGCUCCUUGGUACAAGCAACCCCAUUGAUAGAAAGAUUUUGGAGUUCACUUUUGAUAGGAACAUGCAGGUCUGCAAGAUUUCCACUUUAGCAGGUGGCAGUGGCCUGCCUAGGUAUGGGAAACUGAUUAAUGAUAACAAAGCAGGAAAGGUGGUGGACUGUGAUGAAUUUAUCAGACUAGACAUACGUUAUCAGCAUACGUCUGCUAGCAGAUCUCCAAACAGGGACUAUAUUCCCAUGGUUGUGGAAUUGCAAGACAAAGAGGGCAACCUGCUUAAACAAGAGUACUUUCAGAUUAUGGUCCGAAUCCGAGAAGGAGAGGAAAACACAGCUCCUAAACCAAGUUUUGUGGCUAUGAUGAUGAUGGAAGUGGAUCAAUUUGUCAUGACAGCUAUUACCCCAGACAUGCUAGCUGCAGAAGACACAGAAUCCCAUCCGGAUGAUUUAAUCUUUAACAUCACCUCUCCACUUUCCUUUGAGGAGGGAUAUAUUGUUAGCACUGAUGAUCGAAAUUUGCCAAUCACUUCUUUUCGACAAGGUGACCUCAAGGAAUUAAAAAUAGCCUACAAACCCCCCUCUGUUGACUCUUCUACAGAAAGAAUUUUCCAGAUUGAGUUGGAUGUGGUGGACACAGAGGGAGCUGUCUCAGACCCCUUUGCUUUCAUGAUUGUUGUGAAACCAAUGAACACGCUGGCACCUGUUGUGACCAGGAAUACUGGACAGCUCUUGUAUGAAGGUCAGUCCAGACCAUUGUCCAGUUCACACAAUCUUGAAAUCAGUGAUGAAGAUAACUUAGACAACGUCAGGGUCACUGUUAUUGAUGGACUAAGGCACGGUGAACUCACCGUUCUGGGGUCCAGAAAGAAAUUUUUCACUCCAAAAGACCUUGAUGCAGGCAUUGUUAUUUAUCAGCACGAUGGGAGUGACACCUACAGUGACAACAUAAUCUUCAGGAUGACAGAUGGCAAGAACGAAGUUGAAUUUCUCUUUCCAAUCACCAUUGUGCCAACAGAUGAUGAGCCACCAAUUGUAAAUGCCAAUACUGGACUUGUUCUAUCUAAGAAUGAAAUGAUGCCCAUUUCCCCAUUAGUGCUCAGUGCUGCUGACAUUGACUCUGAAGAUUCCACGAUUAAAUUCACAAUUGAGGCUCCUUUUUCAACCAUUGGAGAGGUCUUGCUGCGCCAGUCUGAGGCCCCUGAAGACCCAACAUCUUGGAUAUUUGUAGCAGAAGAUGGGGUGUAUGAGAAAGUAGUGACAGAAUGGCACCAGCAAGAUAUUACAGAUGGGAAAUUGUUUUAUAGGCACACAGGACCACACAGCACCAGCACAGUCAUGGAUCAGUUUGUGUUUAGGGUUCAAGACGACAAUGACCCCCCUAACCAGUCUGGAGAAAACACUUUUAUCAUUAAAAUCCUUCCUGUUGAUGAUAUUCCACCUGAACUAUAUCCCGGGACCACUCUUCAGAUGACUGUACAAGAGUACCAGCUGACACAUUUCAGAAAGAAAUUUCUGCGCUACACUGAUUUAGACUCAGAAGACAGAGAUUUGAAAUACACUAUUAUUCAGCCUCCCACUGACACUGAUGAAAAUAGCCCUGUUGAGCUUGGGUUUAUUGUCUUAACGGAAAGCCCUGACACCAUAGUCACUGAAUUUACUCAAGCACAAAUCAACCACCACAAAAUCUCUUACAAGCCCCCAGACCUUGAACUUGGUAUCACAGCACACGUAGUUCAGUUUCAGUACACAGUUGAGGACACUGCAGGAAAUAGUGUGGAAGGCACAUUCACCAUCUUUUUGCAGCCUGUUGAUAACAAACCUCCUCAGAUAACAAACACUGGCUUCACUCUCUUUGAAAGAGGCACUCACAUCUUCACCCGAGCAGAACUUGACACCAUCGAUGCUGAUACUGACAGUAGACAAAUUUCAUUUACACUUACUCAGCCUCCACUUCAUGGCCACAUCCAGUAUACAUACACUGACAUGACUGCAGGGGGUGCAUUUAACUUAGAUGACAUUGCCAAUGGUAGAAUUACCUACAUCCACAAUGGUGAUGAAUCAACUAGCGAUUCCUUUAAAUUAGAUGUCAGCGAUGGUGUUCACAUUGUUACGAUAACUGUGAGGGUCACUGUCCGGCCCAUAGAUGAUGAAGUACCAACCAUUAUGUUGCCUUCGGGCACCAUUGGGUCUUACAUGGAUGUAUUAGAAAAUGGUGCAACUGAAAUUACGACCAAUGUCGUUCAGGGGAGAGAUGAAGACACUGAUGACCUAAGGCUGACUUUCAUUGUAGAAGAUGCUCCUACUUUAGGAGAAAUCUUAGUGAAUGGAGUGCCCUCUGAAAGGUUUACACAAGCUGAUAUUAUCAAUGGUUUGGUGGUCUAUGCCCACACAAGUGGAGAAAUUGGCCUUGUUAAAAAAGAAGACUAUUUUAAUCUGACCUUGACUGAUAUGUCGGAUGAAUGGACAGUUGGAGGCAAUACAGUUACAGGGGUCCGAGUACAGAUCACAAUCCUCCCUGUGGAUAGCCAUGCUCCAGAGGUUACAGUAGGUCAGCAAUUUACUGUUGUGGAAGGGGAGAAAAAUGUUAUUGGCUUUGAGCACAUGAGAGCUGAAGAUAUUGAUACUCCUAAUGAUGAUCUUCUCUGCACAAUCAUUGUUCAGCCCACUUCUGGCUACAUUGAAAACAUCUCACCUGCUCCUGGUUCAGAAAAAUCACGGUCAGGGACAGCUGUUAGUGCUUUCACCAUUAAAGACCUUCGAAUUGGGCAUGUAUAUUAUGUGCAGAGCAUUCACAAAGGAGUUGAGCCAGUGGAGGACAGAUUCACAUUCAGGUGCUCUGAUGGAAUCAAUUUUUCAGAGCAGCACUUCUUCCCCAUCAUUAUAAUCCCAUCAAAUGAUGAAAAGCCUGAGAUCUUUAUGAGGGAGUUUGUGGUGAUGGAGGGCAUGAACAUUGUGAUUGACACACCAAUUCUUAAUGGUGCAGACAUUGACAUACCUAGCGAUGAUUUGACAUUUAUCAUAAGUAAACCACCAAAGCAUGGUUUCAUAGUCAACCAGCUAACUACAGGCACAGUCCCAAUCACAAACUUCACCCUAGAUCAGAUAAAGGAGGCUUCUAGUAUUGUUUAUGAGCAUGAUGACUCAGAGACUACAGAAGACAGCUUUAAUGUUAUACUGACAGAUGGGAAAUACACUGUGGAGAAAACUGUUAUCGUUAUGAUCAUCCCAGUGGAUGAUGAAACCCCCCGAAUGGCAAUUAAUGAUGGCCUGGAAAUUGAGAUAGGAGAGACAAAAAUAAUUAAUAAUAAGGUGCUAAAGGCUACUGAUCUGGACUCUGAGGACAGCACAUUGACUUACAUAAUUCGCUAUGGCCCUGGCCAGGGAUUCUUACAAAGGAAAACUCCUUUUGGUUCAUUAGAAAAUAUUACUGUUGGAAUGAACUUCACACAAAGUGAGGUGGACAGAAAUCUCAUUGUGUACAUUCACAAUGGACAAGAGGGCAUCCGUGACCUCAUCAAAUUUGAUGUCACUGAUGGCACCAAUCCUCUCAUAGACAGGUACUUUUACAUCACUGUUGGCAGCAUUGACAUGGUUUUCCCUGACGUUGUCAACAAAGGGGUUUCUUUGAAGGAAGGUGGAAGGGUGACACUUACAACAGACUUGCUUAGUACGACUGACUUAAAUAGCCCAGAUGAGAACCUGUUGUUCACAAUUACCAGGGCUCCAGUUCGGGGGCAUCUGGAAUGCACUGACACUCCUGGUAUGCCCAUCUCUUCUUUCACACAGCUUCAGUUGGCAGGGAACAAAAUUUACUACAUUCAUACAUCAGAUGACGAGGUUAAGAUGGACAGCUUUGAGUUUGAAGUCACUGAUGGCUACAACCCUGUGUUCCGCACCUUCCGUGUGUCCAUCAGAGACGUGGACAACAAGAAGCCAGUGCUCACUGUUCACACUCUGGUGGUGCACGAGAGCGAGAUCAAGCUGAUCACCCCUUUUGAGCUAACAGUCGAAGACCGAGAUACAGCCGAUCAUCUGCUAAAGUUCACCAUCACCCAGGUGCCAGUCCAUGGGAAGCUGCUGUUCAACAACACUAAAUCAGUGACCUCCUUCACCAAGCAGGACUUGAAUGAGAAUAUGAUCAGCUAUAGGCACGAUGGCACGGAGUCUGCGGAAGACAGCUUCUCUUUCACUGUAACUGAUGGAACUCACACUGACUUCUACGUCUUCCCGGACACUGUAUUUGAAACACGCAAGCCACAAACAAUGAAGAUUGCCAUAGUUUCAGUGGACAAUGGUGUACCACAAAUUGUGGUCAACAAAGGUGCUCCAACCCUGAGAGUGCUCACCACAGGACACCUUGGGUUCAUGAUCACAAGCAAGUCAUUGAAGGCAGAGGACAGAGACAGCACCCAGGUUUCUCUGACAUUCAAGAUAACGCUGGGCCCUGAACAUGGCUACCUCAUCAAUCUUGGCCAAGGGAAUGCUUCCAUUACCAGUUUCAGCCAAGCUGACAUUGAUGAUAUGAAGAUUUGCUAUGUGCUGUCUGAUGGAAGAAAUGCCACUAGUGACAUUUUCUACUUCACUAUUGAAGACAACGGGGGAAAUAAGCUGAGGAAUCAGUUUUUCCGUUUGAACUGGGCUUGGAUUUCUUUGGAGAAGGAGUACUACGUGGUGGACGAAGAGGCCAAGUUUCUGGAGGUGGUGCUGAAGCGGCGGGGUUACCUGGGGGAGACGUCCUUUGUCAGCAUUGGCACCAAGGAUGGCACAGCGGAAAAAGACAAAGAUUUUAGGGGGAAACUGCAGAAGCAAGUGCAGUUUAACCCAGGCCAAACCACGGCAAUGUGGAAAGUUCGGAUCCUGACUGACCAGGAGUAUGAGCAGUCUGAGACGUUUCAAAUUGUCCUAUCCGAACCAGUCAUGGCUGCUCUAGAGUUUCCUGAAAUUGCCACAGUGGAGAUCCUUGACCCAGCUGAUGAGUCGACAGUCUUUAUCCCACAGUCUUCUUAUUCCAUUGAGGAAGAUGCUGGAGAACUGAUGAUACCGGUCAGGAGAAGUGGGGAUGUCAGCCAAGAGCUAAUGGUCAUGUGCUACACUCAGCAAGCCACAGCCACGGGCACCAUUCCCAGCACAGUGCUGUCGUACUCGGACUACAUCUCUAGGCCCGAAGACCACACCAGCGUGCUGCGCUUUGACAAGGAUGAGACGGACAAGUUCUGCCGGGUCGUUAUAAUCGAUGACUCACUUUACGAGGAAGAGGAGACCUUCAAUGUGACCCUGAGUAUGCCCAUGGGUGGGCGCCUUGGUCAGGAGUACCCAUCCACCAAGGUCAUUAUCCUGCAAGACCUGGAUGAUGCGCCAGUCUUUUAUUUCGGAGAUAUGGAAUACCACGUGGAUGAGAGUGACGGCUAUGUGGAGGUGCGCGUGUGGAGAACUGGAACUGACCUCUCUAAGACCGCCACCGUCACAGUGCGGUCCCGCAGGACAGACCCUGUGUCUGCCGAAGCUGGUGUUGAUUAUGUGGGGAUCAGCCGGAACUUAGAUUUUGCUCCAGGGGUCAACAUGCAGACGUUCCGUGUCACCAUCCUGGAUGACCUGGGGCAGCCAGUCCUGGAGGGUAUAGAGAAGUUUGAGCUGGUCUUGAGAAUGCCCAUGAAUGCCAUCCUGGGGGAGCCUGGCAAAGCAACCAUCUUCAUCAAUGACUCCGUCUCAGACUUGCCAAAAGUCCAGUUCCGAGAGGCAAUGUACAUGGGGAAUGAAAACGAUGGGCAGAUAUCGGCCAUUGUGUACCGCAGUGGAGACAUCAGCUAUAAAUCCACAGUGCGCUGCUACACCAGACAGGGCUCUGCGCAGGUUAUGAUGGACUUUGACGAGCGUCCCAACACAGAUGCUUCAAUCAUCAGCUUCUUACCUGGGGAGAUUGAAAAGCCCUGCGUCCUAACCUUGGUGAAUGAUACGGUCCAUGAGGAAGAUGAGGAACUCAGGCUGGUCCUGGGAAGCCCCAAGAGUGAAUCUCCAUUCGGAGCCACCAUCGGCAAGCAGAAAGAGACACUCAUCAAAAUCAAAGAUGAUGAAGACAAGGCCAUCAUCAAGUUUGGUGAGACAAAAUUUAGUGUAAGUGAGCCGAAAGAAAGUGGACAGACGACUGUGGUGAAAAUCCCUGUGCUACGUGUGGGAGACACCUCUAAGGUUUCCAUCGUCAGGGUCCACACCAAAGAUGGCUCUGCAACCUCUGGAGAAGACUACCAUCCUGUAUCCGAAGAUAUCGAAUUCAAGGAGGGGGAAACGCAGCACUUUGUGGAGGUGGAGAUUUUGUUUGAUGGCCAACAAGAGAUGAGAGAGGCAUUUACUGUUCAUCUGAAACCUGAUGAGAACAUGGUGGCUGAGACUCAGAUGAGCAAAGCAAUCAUUUACAUUGAGGAGACAUACAGCAUGGCAGAUGUGACUUUCCCUUCUGUGCCUCAUGUUGUUUCCUUACUGCUGUACGAUGACACAGCCAGAUCAAAGGAAAAUAUACACCCACCUGCGGGGUAUCCUGUCAUCUGUGUUACAGCUUGCAACCCAAAAUACUCUGACUAUGAUAAGACAGGCUCCAUCUGCUCCAGCGAGCACAUCAACGACACACUGACGCGAUAUCGCUGGUUGGUGAGCGCCCCCACAGGCCCAGAUGGUGUGACGAGCCCCAUGAGAGAGGUGGACUUCGAUACUUUCUUCACCUCCUCAAAGCUCAUCACUCUGGACUCCAUCUACUUCCAGGCAGGCUCACGGGUGCAGUGUGCUGCCCGAGCUGUCAACUCCAAUGGAGACGAAGGCUUGGAGCUCAUGAGCCCCAUUGCCACUAUCAGUGUACAGGAAGGCAUGUGCCAGCCACGUGUGAUGGGAACAGUUGGUGCAGAGCCCUUUUCUGCGAAAUUGCGCUACACAGGAGCCGAAGACCCCGACCAUCCAAAUCUCAUCAAGCUCACAGUCACAAUGCCUCAUAUCGAUGGAAUGCUCCCUGUCAUUUCCACACGACCUCUGUCAAACUUUGAGCUGACAUUGAGCCCAGACGGCACUAGGGUUGGCAACCACAGGUGCUCGAACCUGCUGGAUCACAGCGAGGUGAAGACACGUCACGGCUUCAUCACAGAUGCGUCAAAAAAUGCAGAAGUGAUUGGAGAGACGUCCCCCUACCAGUACAGUUCAACGCUCAGGGGCUCUGGAACCCUGCGCUUCUACAGGAACCUCAACCUGGAGGCCUGCCUGUGGGAGUUUGUCAGCUACUAUGACAUGUCUGAGCUCCUCACAGACUGUGGUGGGACAAUUGGAACAGAUGGUCAGGUGCUGAACCUUGUCCAGUCCUACGUGACCCUGCGGGUGCCUCUCCAUGUGUCCUACGUGUUUCACUCGCCUGUGGGGGCAGGGGGUUGGCAGCACUUCGACCUGCAGUCCGAGCUCAGGCUCACAUUUGUGUACGACACUGCCAUCUUGUGGAAGGAUGGAAUAGGCAGCCCUCCAGAGGCUGAGCUCCAAGGUGCACUGUACCCCACCAGCAUGCGUAUCAAUGAGCUGGGCCGCCUUGUGGUCAACUUCAGGACAGAGGCUCGCUUCCGUGGUCUGUUUGUGACAUCGCAUUCUGCCACAUCUCUCUCGUCGAUGGUCAUGUGUGCUGAUCAUCCAGGUCUAACCUUCAACUUGAGUUUGGUCCGCAGUGAACCUACCUACAACCAGCCAAUGCAACAAUGGACCUUUGUCUCUGACUUUGCUGUACGUGAUUAUUCUGGCACAUACACAGUGAAGCUCAUCCCUUGCCCAGCCUCUCCCUCUUUGGAAUACAGCAUUCCUGCUGUCUGUAACCCUAGGGAACCCAUCACCUUUGAUAUUGACAUUAGAUUCCAACAGGUCAGUGAUCCUGUUGCUGCUGAAUUCAGCUUAAACACACAGAUGUUUCUGCUGUCAAAGAAGGCUCUAUGGUUGUCUGAUGGCUCAAUGGGCUUUGGACAAGAGAGCGAUACUGCUUUCACUGAAGGGGAUGUGAUCUAUGGUCGAGUGAUGGUUGACCCUGUGCAGAAUCUGGGGGACUCCUUCAUCUGUAACAUUGAGAAAGUCUUUCUGUGCACUGGAGCUGAUGGAUAUGUUCCCAAAUACAACCCUCCCAAAUUUGAAUUUGGCUGCCUGGCAGACUCCCCUUCCCUGCUGUACAGAUUCAAGAUCAUCGACAAAGCCCAGCCAGAGACGCAAGCCAGAAAUUUCGGAAAUGUGGCAUUUAAUGCACGUCUGGCUGUGGAUGACCAAGAGGCGCUUUCUCUUGUCAGACAACCGGGUUCAGAUGGUUUCAGAAUUGACUCUACUGCUUUGUUCCAGGUGUCCACUGGACGAGAGUGGUAUAUCCACACUAUUUAUACAGUACGUUCAAGAGACAAUGCCAACAGGGGGAUUGGCAAAAGAAGCCUCGAAUAUCAGUAUCACUCACUGACGCACAGCAGUAAACUUAGUACAGCAGCCAGUUCCCGCUCCAGGAGGGAAGCCAGAGAGGUGCCAGAAAUAGCCGAGGAGAUUGGGGUGGAAAACAGCAGGGGAACCAACAUUUUACACAUUGCGCUGGACCGCAUCAGCAGGAAGCAGCAACCCGAGAGGGAAGUUUUCGGAAACGGCAUCAUUCCCCGCGAGCUCAACAGUAAAGAUGAUGACGACAACCUGGUAACCAUCGUGGUGGGUCUGGCCGGACUGCUCCUCACCAUCUGCAUCGUUGUUAUCAUUGUCCUGGUGGUCAGGUCCAAGCAGAAGGCCAAGGAGAAGCAGGCUCCCACAGGGUCAACCAGCACAGAGCCGAUGGUGUCACAUGGUUGCCAUAGUAGCGACAGUUCAGAGGUUUGAUGAAAACACACGUACAAAACGCGCAGCUGCGAACUGCAGGCUACAGGAGAUUUCGACUUUCACAAGUGCCUCAAAUGAGUACCUUGGAACUGAUUGGGAGCACCUUUGUGAAACACCAACACAGCUGACUCCAGGCCCAUCCCCAGCACUCCAUUUUGAAAGUCACAUGAGUUCAAAAACUACAGCAGUGCUGCUUUUCGAUGUUUCACCAGCAGCAAAUAUUCUGUGGCAAAUAUUCUUUUUAACGAGAGGUACCUGAGGCUAAUUUUGUUUUUGCCCCACCCCCUUCCAAAUAGAAUAAUUUGGCUGUAGUUAUGCAAAGGUGCUAAAGGAUACCUUUUCCAAUUUGGAAGAGGCCUGUUAGAUUAUUAGAGCAGAGAUAGUGUUCGAGGAGUAAUUAUAACACAUACUGUAUGGCUCAAUUAAACUGUUCAGAUUGUUGUACAAGUUGUAAAAGUGGCCAUUUAUUGUUAGCAGUCAAAUAUGUGUUUUCUGUUUGUUCACCGUAUUUAUGUGCACAACGUUUGUUGUCAUCUGACAAGAAAUGUCAGAUCUUAAAAAUAGGAAAUUGGGUAUUAUGUUUGAGUAACCUGCUCACCUUUAAAAAUUAUGUGGUUGAAAUGAACUUGUCAAUGUGAUUCAUUUUUAAUCUGGCCUAACAAAACAAACAGGAACAUUGGAAAAUGGCUGACCCCUGUCUUAAGAUACUGGACCUCUUUAUUUUACUGAUGUAAAGCAGAUUAUUGAAAUCACUGAAACACAUUAUUUUCUUUAUUAGUCACCAGAAGUUUCUUGGAAGGUUUUGAUCAGAGAUAAAACAUGGAAACAGAAUAUCAAAGUAAUGUGUUUAAACCAAAAUAUCAAUUACUAUCAUGCCCUUCAGCAUGUCCAUCUUAUUUAAGAUACAGUAGGUGGCAGUGUAGAACUUUGGAUUCCAGACUGCAGAGUUGAGUUUAAACGCUGUGUAGGACUCUGCUGCUGAGCAAAGUUCAUCACUGAGAUUUUUCGAGUAAAUAUCCUGUUCUCCAAAUGAAUCUCCAGCUUAUCCUUCUGAAUGGGAGGUUGUUAUUAACCUGGUAUUGUAAUACUGUGGUUGUUACUUUACACGGGGAGACAACAAGCCAUUUAUAUAUUUUUUUUGCUUUUUUAUUAGAAUGCCCAGAACCAAAAUUUUAUUGAAAAAAAUGAUUAGUUGUUUUUAGCUAAAGGAUGAUCAAGCACAGGUACUGUACUGUUUCUUGGAGAGAAAGAAAAAAACUUGAGUUGUAUGGUUACAUUCUGCAUACCACAACAAAUGUUCUAGGCUCUGUCUUCACUGGAAUUUGAUAUUCCAGUUUCUCUGUAGUGUAUACUGGAUACCACUUGUGGUGGAGCAAAUGUAUUGUUAAAUAUUCUCAUAUCUUUCACUGUUUUGUUUUUAGGAUUUCUGCAUUUGUGCUGCUCAUAUAGUAUAUACUGUACUGUACAUUGUUAAACCAGGAAAUGGAUUUCCUAAAAAACUCAGCCAGAGUAGUUAUAGUGUCUACAUCUUAUUAUAAAUCAUGUUAUAAAUGAGCCCAACUUGUGCGUGUCAACAUGAUAAAUCCUCAGACAUUUAUUUCUACACUGUUUUUUGUAUCACACAUAGUAACCAACUGAGGAAACAGUCCUUUUAAUAUACUUUUAGGUUUUUAGCUAUAUUAUUGUUGUUUUUGUUAUUUUUAAAUUAUACACUAACAGUAAUGAUUUGAGGAGAAUGGUGAUGAAUGAUGUACUGGCUUUGAAAAUUUAGCACUGAUUUGAGAAUUCCAAGUAGGGAGGGUUUUCAGUAGAAACUAUACAACAUUUGUCAAGACAGCUGUGCUGCUGAAUUGCAGUAACAGAUCCUUUAGGUUCAGCUUAAUUCAUAUACUUAGUGGGAGGCAUACUGUACAUUUAUGUCCCAUGGUAGACCACAGUUGUAUUUUUUAGUCAUGCUUUUCUAAUCAGAUAAGGUUACCUACUGUAUACUGUCUUCUUAGGAACAUGUCUAAUGUUAUGUGCUUAAGACAGGCAGAUCUUUUGUUUUAAAUACUACUGUAUUUAUUUUGCAGAACCCACAGACCUCUGGGUGUCUAUGAUGUUCAUAUGAAUAACAGACAACUCCAAACAUUAAGUUCAACAUGAGCUUGUAUUGGAGAUUACUGUUUGUUAAGCUGUUUCCCCAGGUCUUUAAGCAGUGUGUAGUAUAGCAAUUGCUGAAAAGGUUAUUCAUAUUCUGAAGAGGUUUGUAAAGCAAGUGGAAAUCUGUAAAAGGGAAAACAUUAACUUUUUUAUCGGUGUGCUAAUCAGUUUCAUUUUUCACAGUGCAACAAUUACUGUACAGAAAGAUUAGGAAUGGAGACAGCCAUUACAUUAUUAGUUUUGUUUAGUUCAUUUUUUGCCAAUUGUACUGCAUAUCCUGAAUUCAUGUAUUAUGGCUAUUUAUUGUUUUGUAUUAACAGAUACAGAUACUGUGUUUUCUAUUAGCUUCUCCACAAUACUAGGGUUAUUGAACAACAUGUGCCCACCACCAUGCUUAUGAAUGACACAAAGCAUGAGGGACUACCAUAGACUACCAAAGAUUCUUAUGAAACUCAUCUUUAGAAUACGUUGAACAGCUGAAAAAUGCUAGGCAUCCUAGUUUGUUGGUGAGGAAUAAUAUGCAGCCUGGUCCUCUCUGUACUUUUUGUUUUCUCAAGAAGCUUAUCAGGUCAAAUCAAAAUCCACAGACACCUGACUUCAUCACUUGCUGCCACACCCACCAGAUUUACUCAUGUAGAACACUUGAUGAAUGCAUCCAGACGGCAAUAAAAUAUUGCAGUCUGUUUUUAGCUUCUAACACCACCAGAAUUCACUCCUCUUUAGCCACAUCUCUAAAUUACAUCAUAGUCUUGUUGUGAAACUUGAUCAAACUAUAUAUCAAAAUCUUUCAAGUGCUAGUGGAUAGAUUGUACUAUUGUUGUUAUAAAUGCCUUGUUUAAGUGUUGCGCCUUUGAGCACUGCUCAGACCUGAUUUUUCUCUUGUGUUGUGUCUUUGUAUUAUGUACAACAUUUCAUUAAAAAAUAGGAAUUCUAUGCAGCCUGUAGUGCAACACUUUUUAUUCACAGUUUUGCAUCCUCAUAACCUUACAUGUUUGCUUGCUAUGUAUGUUCUACAUUAUUUUAAACGUUGAUUUGUGAUCAGAUGACAUCAAGGAUUCGGGAGGCACAAUGGCGUGGCUGUUAGCAGUACUGUCUCAGCUCUUGGGUUCUCGGUUCAAUUCCAGACACUUGCUGUGAGGAGUUUGCAUGUUCUCUCUGUGUUGCCAUGAGAUUUUACCAAGUGUUCUGGUUUAUUCCGACCUUCCAAGGAUGUGCUGGCUAGAAUAAUCAGUGUAUCCAAAUUGUCCAUGUGUAUGUGCUGCGUAAUGGAUUGGCAUCCUUGCGAUCUAUGCUUCUGAAAUAGGUUCGAGAGUACCUCGACCUUUACCACAAUUUACCUUCAGAUAAAGGAUGGAUAUAUACAGUAUCAUCAGAAACUCUUCCAUUUCCUCGAUACUUGUGAAUCUCAGUAAGGGAUUCAAGUAUUUUAUACAGUUCAUUACAAAUCAUUGGUUUUAUUGUCAUUCAUAGUAAGUCUAUAUAUGCAGUGUAUAUGGUUUGGGGACUGGUCAGUGUUAAAACUCUGGUUGUGUACUGUAAUUAUUUGUAACAUACAACUCUGAAGCACAAACCGAAUAUGAUGUUCAAAAUAAAAGAUUUUUUAAGAUA